UACACAUUUGUAAACAUAACCUAAAACUUCAAAACCCCAUUUUAACCCCUUUAUGGGUUUUGUAACCACAUAGGAUUGCAUUGUCACGCAGAUUACGUAAGUAUGCAAAAUUUCAAUUCAUUGGGUCAAGGGGAACCCUUUCAAAUUUGGCUCCAAAAAUAUGAAACAGACAGACAGACAACAAAGCGAGUUAAAUAAAUUUAAAAAAAUCACGCUUUCUUCGGGCUGAAUUUUUCCCAACUCGUGCAAAGAAACACACCAAGAUGAACAAAACUGCCCUGAACAUGUCAAAAUGACAAUACUUCGGACAGUUUUCUACACCCUGUUAGCACUAUCGUCAAACUGUGACAAAUUCGAUCCAACCAAAGUGAACUACUGCGAGAAAUUUUGCCCCGACAAGACCAAAAGCACCGGUUGCGAGUGCCAAGCCCAAGGAACACGAACCGAAGUCGAUUUGCAAAAUGUGUUCGAGUUUCGAAAACUGUGCCUUGACGAACACAACUACUGGCGAAACUAUCUGGCUUCGGGGUCGGAAAGGCGCAAGAAAGCCACUUCGGCCUCCGACAUGAUGGCGCUAAGUUACAGCCUGGAGCUGGAGUUUCUGGCAAGGUGUUACGGCCGGAGCACCUUCAACGGCUACCACGAAGACUGUCGGAUGAUGUCGAACAACCGGCAAGCUGGCCAGAACCUCGCCGGUUUGAACCGCAAGAACUUUUCGCUUUCGUUGGUUAAAGUCCAAAUCUGGGACUGGUAUAACGAGAUCGAGAAUUUAGCGCCGGAUAUGUUCGGCAAGUUCCGAAGAGGGCACAAGAUCGAGCACUUCGCCACGAUGGUUUGGGGGCAAGUGAACCAAGUCGGAUGUGCGAGGAUUUACACAGCUGAUACGAAAAAAGACAACUUCAAGCAUCCAGUCUAUGUGCAAGCCUUGAUCUGUGACUAUGGAAGUACCAUUUUGGGGAAAAUGGGCACGAAAGUUGCGCCCAAUUGGCUAGGGAGGCCUAUUUACACGAAAGGGAAGCCGUGUUCCAAGUGUCCGGAUAAUUUGAAGUGUAAUCGGGUGUAUACAGCACUGUGUGGUGAAAUUGAACCCGUUCCUCAAGAGCCACCCUAUCAAUUUAACACGGCAAGGAGGUGGAAAAUUUAUAGUGUACUUCUUUAUUUCGGCUUAUUAACGAAUCAACAAACUUAAAAAUGAAAUGUAUUUUAAAAUGGCAAAAAAGAGCCAGAAAAUCGUUGUUUUACUUUAA